UUGUCCUUCCCAAAGCUUGGGCGGAUGGAGGAGGAGGCUGCGAGGAAGAGGAAGAUGCCUUGGGCCCCCCAGGCAGGUGAGGAGGAAGUCAGUGUCCCUUUGGGCGGGUGUUGUGCUGGCUCUGUCAGCCGAGCAUGGCCCCGGCUGCAGGACAACCCCGCUGGCGCCGCCGUCCUGCCGGGGCCGGAGUUGGGGGGAUGUCCUUGGCCUUCCCUGUGGGCCGGAGGCAAAUCCUCUGCCUGUCCUUCUUGCUUCCUGCCCCAGGCCCCGAGCUGAGGACGGAGAGCCCGGAGGACAAAUCCCCCCGUGAGACCCUGGUGGGAGAGGCCGUUUUGAAGGGCUCCCCGGCGCAGGAAGGCAGCGGGGAGGAAAAGGGCCGGAGAUCCCCCCGCAGGAGGGGCUCCAAAGCCAGCCCAGGGUGCUCUGAGGAGGAAAGAGCCAGCCUGUGCCAGGAAGGCGGCCAGAGCUUGAGGGGGAGCUCUGAGCUGGUGGUCCCUGAGCAGCCUCCCAGCAGGGAGAAACCCUUCAGAUGCUUGGAAUGUGGGAAGAGCUUCAGUGACAGCUCCAACCUCCGCACUCACCAGUGAAUCCACUCUGGGGAACGGCCCUACACGUGUAGGGAAUGUGGGAAGAGCUUCAGGCACAGCUCCACCCUUCGCACCCACCACCGUAUUCACACUGGGGAACUGCCCUACAUGUGUGGGGAGUGUGGGAAGAGUUUCAGCCAAAACUCCACCCUCUACACCCACCAGCGCAUCCACAGUGGGAAAAGGCCCUACACAUGUGGGGAAUGUGGGAAGAGCUUCAGCCAAAACUCCACCCUCCAAACCCACCAGCGCAUCCACACUGAGGAACGGCCCUACCUGUGUGGGGAAUGUGGGAAGAGCUUCAGGCAGAGCUCCCACCUCCGCACCCACAAGGUCAUCCACACCGGGGAACGGCCCUACGAGUGUGGAGAAUGUGGGAAGAGGUUUCAGACCAGCUCCAAUCUCCUCCUGCAUGAGCGGACACACACGGAUGAGAGGCCCUUCCGCUGCACUGACUGCGGGAAGGGCUUCAAGCAGAACUCCCACCUUGUCACCCAUCGGUGCAUCCACACCGGGGAGAGGCCCUACAAGUGUGGGGAGUGUGGGAGGAGCUUCACUGACAGCUCUACCUUGACCCAACACCAACGAACUCACCACAGGGAGAAGCCCUUCAGGUGCUUGGAAUGUGGGAAGAGCUUCAGGAAGAGCACCCACCUCCUCGCCCACCAGCACAUCCACACUGGAGAACGGCCCUACUCUUGUGGGGAAUGUGGGAAGAGCUUUAGGCAGAGCUCCCACCUCCACACCCAUCGGCGCAUCCACACUGGGGAACGGCCCUACUCUUGUGGGGAAUGUGGGAAGAGCUUCAGGGAAAACUCCAAACUCCUCAUCCACCAGCGCAUCCACACUGGAGAACGACCCUACAAGUGUGGGGAAUGUGGGAAGAGCUUCCGCCGGAGCUCCCACCUCCGCACCCACCAGCACAUCCACACCAGGAAGAAGCCCUACAAGUGUGGAGAAUGCGGGAAGAGCUUCAGUGACAGCUCCUAUCUCCCCAUUCACCAACGCAUCCACACCGGGGAACGGCCCUACAAGUGUGGGGAUUGUGGGAAGAGGUUUAGGACCACCUCACAUCUCCUCACACAUGAGCGGACACACACGGAUGAGAGGCCCUUCCGCUGCACCGACUGUGGGAAGGGCUUCAAGUACAACUUUUACCUCGUCACCCACCGCCGCGUCCACACCGGUGAGAGGCCCUACAAGUGUGGGGAGGAGUGUGGGAAGAGCUUCAGAGACAGCUCUGAUCUCCUCAGCCACCAGCGCAUCCACACUGGAGAACGGCCCUACACGUGCGGGGAAUGUGGGAAGAGCUUCAGUGACAGCUCCAAUCUCCGCACCCACCAGCACAUCCACAGUGGGGAACGGCCCUACACGUGUGGGGAAUGUGGGAAGAGCUUUAACCAGAGCUCCACUCUCCGUUCCCACCAGCGCAUCCACACCGGGGAACGACCCUACAAGUGCUUGGAAUGUGGGAAGAGGUUUAGCACCAGCUCCAAUCUCCACACGCAUGAGCGGACGCACACGGAUGAGAGGCCCUUCCGCUGCACCGACUGCGGGAAGGGCUUCAACCGGAACUGCACCCUCGUCAGGCACCGGCGCACCCACACCGGGGAAAGGCCCUACAAGUGUGGGGAGUGUGGGAAGAGCUUUGCCCAGAGCUCUACCUUGACCUCACACCAACAGACCCACCGGUAAGGGAAGCCCUACCAGUGCCGAUAUAUUGUGUGAGUGCAGGGCUAGAGGCGUGUGGGAUUGUGUGGACACAGAGAAAGAACUAACAUUCAGAAACAUAUCUGCUUCCCUGUCUCAAUUAAUAAACCCCAGAGUUUGACACAUUAAUAAUAUCCAUAGCAAUUGUGAUUUGACAAUAUAUUGUGACCUGCAUAUGCACAUAUGAGCAAAGGGACAUUCGAAAUAGGUGUUGUAGUUUCUGCAGUUCUUGUGUUAUGGGUUAGGGUAGAGAGGAUUUGAGCUAAAAAUUGUCUGAACAUUUUGAGAGUGCAGAGACAUCUGUCUGACCAUCACUAGAUGUGCUUUGAUUUUAAGGCAGAGCACGUUAAAGAAUGCAAUAACUUAACGCCAGCUGCAGUCUUGAAUUUUUGCUUUUUCAGCAAUAACAAUAGCAUUAAUAAUUACUAAUAGUUAAUGAGCUAACAUGCAAUAAAUGUAUCUGCUCAUUUUGACAGAUGUGUGUCGCUGGAACAGAGAGAUUUCUCUGAACAUUUUUUCCUGCACUCUGUAUGCCUUUCUUGCCAUGGAAGUGACAAGCUGUAUUGUUUAUACUUAUAGACUGUGUGAAAAUAUGUGAUAUUUAUACUUGUUAGCUGCAUGUCUAAUUAUAAGGUUUGAGAACGUAAUAUGUUUAUAGUAAGAAAGCCUUGAGAAACUGGAGAUAAUGAAACACCUGCAGAUUUAGGAAAACCCCUAAAAGCAUAUUAAUUAGAAAGAGCUUUUUAUGCCAAGGAUGAUUUCAGGUCGCAUGGACAGAGCCUCAGAUCCAAUAAACUGAGAGCAUGAGACGCGUGCACAGACUGAGCUAUCCAAUCACCUUGAUGUGAGCAUGUACCCUGAGCAAACUAAACUGUAUAAAAGUUAACUGAUUUAAAUAAUAAAUUGGACAUUGCUUUGAUCA